AGAAAUUCCCACCAACAAACCAACUCGUAGCACAUUUUCCACUUCUCGCUGGAAAAAACACAAUAUCGGUGGUGAAAGGUUACAGUGAGAAGAAGAAUCGGAAAUGGCGGCGGAAGGAGGUUCCGAUCAAUUCAUCGACAUCGUUAAGCUCUCUCCUCCGGCAAAGUUCCCGGCGGCAUUCCCCCAGGACCUCAAGGUGGCUCCCUCCUUGAAGCGCCGCCGUUCUGGCGGUGACACGUGGGUGGUGUCAGUGUUCGUGAUCAUCCACGUGGGCGUCUUCAUCGCAACGAUGCUGGUCAAUGAUUGCUGGACGAACUCCAACGGCGACUGCGCCCUAAAAACCCUCGGAAGGUUCUCCUUCCAACCUCUCUCUGAGAAUCCUCUCUUAGGCCCUUCUCAGUCCAAAUUAGAGGAAAUGGGAGCGCUUCGGAGGAAUUUCGUGACAGAGUAUCACCAAACUUGGCGUCUUUUCACCUCUCCAUUUCUUCAUGCUGGGCUCUUCCACCUCCUCCUCAAUCUCUGCAGUAUCAUCUUCAUCGGAAUUCACCUAGAGCGCGAGCUUGGACCGUUACGGAUUGGUGUAAUCUAUGCAAUGUCUGCAUUUGGGGGAGCCUUGAUGGCUUCUCUUUUUCUUCAGCAUACCCCAGCUGUUGCCUCUUCUGGGGCUUUGUAUGGAUUACUCGGAACUUUACUCUCUGAGCUCAUUUGGAACUGGGAAUUACAAACCAAAAGGGUUUCAGCAAUAGUCUCUUUUGUCUUUGUAUUUGUUUGCAAUUUCAUCCUUGGCUUUCUGCCUUAUGUCGACAACUUUGCGAGCAUUGGAGGUUUCGUAUCAGGGUUCCUUCUUGGAUCUGUACUUCUACUCAGCAGAAGGCUUGAACUGCCAAAGGUUCCAAUCAAAGGAACUCUCUUUGAUUAUGGUGUCAAGAGUUACAUCAAGUUAAAGUUGAAGCAAAACAUGGACAGACCGGUUCUCAGGAUUGUUUCUUUUAUCCUCUUUAGCCUGAUAUUGGCCGGUUGUCUUGUGGCAGUUCUUCACGGGAUCAACAUCAAUAGUUAUUGCACAUGGUGCCCAUAUGUUGACUGUAUCCCUUAUACAAGCUGGCACUGCCAAAAUGGAGAAACCUCUUGUAAGACAAUGGUGAGCGAUGAUCAGAUGACAUUGACCUGUAUGGGGAAUGGAAACUUCAGGGUCUUUCCUUUUACGAACAUCUCUCGGACAAGGAUCAGUGAUCUAUGCAAUCUGAUAUGCUGAUGAAACUACAAGUUUCAAUGAUCACUUGUGCCACAAAUUACUUGGGAAAUGCUGGAUAGCUGAAAGAUAGCUUUGUAUCUUGCCAUUUUUGUCAUGUUCUUUUUUCCCGGAGAUGGAGCUAUAGGACCUCAUUUAGAAGCUUGAGCAAGUUCGGUGUAACACAAGAUGAAUCCUAUUCAUUCUUGUAAAAAAUUGCUGUAGAAAUAAAUAAGGGUUAUCCCUUCUAGAUAAGUGACCAUUUCAUUUCAUAGCUUUGUAAAAAAUUGUGAUUUGAAAAAUAUUUUCAUCACUUUUUUUUUUGGGUGUAUUCAACUGGACUUAUUAUCUCUCUUUCUCAUCAAGAGAAAAAAUAAGUCCAAACUCCAAAGUGAAAACACAAAAAAAGGGGGGGUUACUACUGUUGUCACUUUCAUCCCAUGUUAAAUAAAAGCUUGAAUGACAGCUAUGAUACUUGGAAAUUCCCAGCAGAUCCGGAUUCUGGCUGCUUCUGAUUCAGCUCUAUAACUAGAUUAUGGCCAUGGUUGAGGUUUGUGAGCUGUUGUUGAG